UGCCGCGAACGGGAGGCAGGCCGGUGUUUUUCCACAACUGAUGUCUAAUGGUCACCCAUGUUGAGAGACAAAGGUCAGGAAAAAAAGCUCAUAAACUAAAUUUACCGCUGCCGCUGUUAUUCAGCAGCCAGUCGCCGCACAAUACAGAAGGGACAAGACCGUUUCAAAGGAAUUAAAGGAAAUAAACAAUAAAGCAUGGCUCAGAAGGAGAAACUCCAGUGUCUAAAGGACUUCCACAAAGACAUUCUGAAACCCUCUCCAGGAAAGAGCCCGGGCACAAGGCCGGAGGACGAAGCCGAGGGAAAACACCCUCAAAGGGAAAAGUGGGCUAGCAAGCUUGACUUUCUUCUGUCAGUCGCCGGGGGCUUCGUUGGUUUAGGGAACGUUUGGCGGUUCCCGUACCUCUGCUACAAGAAUGGCGGAGGUGCUUUUCUCAUCCCAUACUUCAUUUUCCUGUUUGGUGGAGGACUGCCGGUGUUCUUCCUGGAGGUGGCACUCGGCCAGUUCACCUCUGAGGGUGGAAUCACCUGUUGGGAGAAACUUUGCCCCAUAUUUACAGGUAUCGGCUACGCGUCCAUCGUGAUCGUUUCUCUGCUGAACAUCUACUACAUUGUGAUUCUGGCCUGGGGCUUAUACUACCUGUUCCAGUGCUUUCAGCCAGAGCUCCCCUGGGCAAGCUGCAACAACAAAUGGAACACAGAAAAUUGCAUUGAGGAUACUCUCCGCAAGAACAAGACACUCUGGGGAGCUGUGAAUGCCACUAACUUCACUUCUCCCGUCACUGAGUUCUGGGAGCGAAAUGUCCUCAGCAUCUCCGAUGGUAUCGAGGACGUGGGUCAUGUUAAAUGGGACCUGGCUCUGUGUCUGCUCGCUGUGUGGGUCAUCUGUUUCUUCUGUAUCUGGAAAGGUGUUAAGUCCACUGGGAAGGUUGUGUACGUCACGGCAACAUUCCCGUUUGUCAUGUUAAUUGUCCUGCUUGUACGGGGUGUCACUCUUCCUGGGGCAGCCGAAGGCAUCAAAUUUUAUCUGUACCCAAAUUUGACUCGCCUUGGAGACCCAGAGGUGUGGAUCGAUGCAGGGACACAGAUUUUCUUCUCUUACGCCAUCUGUCUUGGAGCCAUGACGUCACUGGGAAGCUACAACAAGUACAAAUACAACUGCUACAGGGACUGUUUGCUGCUGGGAGGCCUGAACAGCGCUACCAGUUUUGUGUCUGGCUUCGCAAUAUUUUCCGUCCUGGGCUUCAUGGCACAAGAGCAAGGGGUGGACAUAGCCGAUGUGGCAGAGUCAGGUCCUGGCUUGGCCUUCAUUGCUUACCCUAAAGCUGUGUCUAUGAUGCCACUGCCUACGUUUUGGGCCAUUCUUUUCUUCAUCAUGCUUCUGCUGUUGGGCCUCGACAGUCAGUUUGUCGAAGUGGAAGGGCAGAUCACAUCCCUAGUGGAUCUGUAUCCAUCCUUCCUACGGAAGGGUUAUCGGCGUGAAAUCUUCAUAGCUAUUGUCUGUUUUUUGAGCUACCUGUUGGGACUUACCAUGGUCACCAAUGGUGGCAUGUAUGUGUUUCAACUCUUUGACUACUAUGCAGCCAGUGGCGUGUGCCUUUUAUGGGUUGCAUUCUUUGAAUGUAUUGCUGUAGCCUGGGUUUAUGGCGCUGAUAAUUUCUAUGAUGCGAUUGAAGAGAUGAUUGGUUACAGACCAAAUCCCUGGAUGAAGUGGAGUUGGACUGUAAUUACACCUUUUCUGUGUGUGGGAUGCUUUAUCUUCUCAUUGGUCAAGUACACGCCCCUGAGAUACAACAAAGUCUACGAGUACCCGGACUGGUCCAUCGGAGUCGGCUGGACCCUCGCCCUGGCGUCCAUGAUCUGCAUACCUAUGGUGGUUGUGAUCAAAAUCAUUCAAUCAGAUGGACCCCUCAUCGAGAGGAUCAAAGCCGUGGCGGCCCCCGUGAGGGGCGGGGCCAGUUCUUGCCCCCCAGAGUACCAGGCCAAGAGCAACGAGCUGGCGCAGCCCCUGGAUCCCAACUGGAACGGAGGCUUGACGAAGCCCACACACACCAUCGUAGAAACCAUGAUGUGAACGCUCUCUGUGAGAGGAUUCAAAUGACCUGCUUUUCCAUUAUAUAUAUAUAUAUAUAUAUAUAUGUGAUUCUAUAUACAUAUAUUAAAAUAUACUCUGUAACUUUUGACAUAGUCGUAGGACCAGGUUUACAUUGCUACGCAUCUGCACUAGGAGUCCUUGUUUUGUUUUUUGUUUUGUUUUUCUACAGAGGAAGUUACAUUUUUCUGUCUGUAUUUUUAAUAUUUUUAUCAUAAUACUAUUAUAUUACUAUUAUCGUCGCUGUUAUUAGACAGAGAACAGAUCGCAACCAGCAGUAUCAUGAACGUAGAACCAUGCCCGUUCUAUUUUUGUAACUUUUAUCUUGUACAUAUUAAAAUCGAAAUUGAGCUGUG